UUGUUAUUUUAUUUUCACCUACGUGACUUUACCCAAUAGAACCAAAGAGUAUGGAUCUUAGCAGUCACGAAAGCUUUAAAUCUAGAAAAGUUCCCAUGAGUCAAACUCAGGCGGCUGGGCUCGUAGGGCAGUGCCCUUAACCGCUCCGCGUCACUCAGCCCUUGUAAAAGCUAUCGGAUGGAUUUACAAUUUUACCACAUUUAAAGAAAAUCUAAUUCAAGCCAGGGAAUUUUACAUUUUUGUUAGCACGUUCUUGAACUUAACAUACACUGAAUGAGAAUAAGCAUAACUACGUAAUUAUUAACAAUCGUAAUGUAUCUCAACUUUUAAUUAGCAAACCAUCGAUGGCCCAGACUUUUUUAAACUUCCCCUUCCAAGGCGUGCCUUAUGAACUCCAUAAAACUUAUCUGUGCCGCUGACCAUGUCGUACAAAGUUUACUGCAUUAUCCUGCUGUUAGAACGAUCAUAAACCAUUUUAUGUCUAUAACAUGUUUAAACACGCUAGGACGAACACUGAACCAUUACAAAAAUGACAUCACCGGUUUGUGGCGUACAUUUGAAAGGCCUGCGUGAAGAUUUCGCGUUAUAAACGAUGAUGGUGGCAGUGCUGCCCUUCACCCAGGGCAGCCGAGCUGAGUCUCAAGGCUGUUUUUUCAGCAGGGUCCUGUAAUGGAAUGUUUGGCCAGUUCCGUUAAUGAGUGUUUGGCUUCGUGUGGCAGGAAAUCAGAGAAGCCACAGGAAUUUGAUGUUUUCUACGGGAUAACAUGAAAGUUCUGCACAAGAAGAUUAAGCUUAAUCUUGCUUAGCUUUCAAGUUGCAGCCACAUUGAGAAUAUUCAUCUCGAGUACCCGAUUAGUGUGGCUAAGAUGCUUUCAUUGAUGGAGAAUCGUCAUUUUUGGGCUGUUUUACAAGUGGCAGGCCUCUUGAAAUGAAGUCGUGGGCCGUAUAAAUCAAAGUCGUGAGGCCACAGGUUCCUGACCCCCUGCUUUAGAGUAUCUGUUGUCUAUUCGCCGCGUGCAUUUGUGUGUGCGUGCGUGAAACAGGAAUGUUUACCAAGCAGAGCAAGCAGCGCUCGUUUCCCCGGCUGGUGUGCUCGUGCCUGGGUGGUGGUGGCAGCGGUGGCGGCAGUGGGGAGAGAGGAGGAGGAGGUGGGAUCAAGGAUGGGGAGGGCGAUGACGGCAGCCUCAUCCUUGACCUCUCCCAUACGCGUCUCCACACGGUCCCCCCGCAAGUGUACACGCCAGCCAGUGCUCAGUCUCUGCAAGAGAUUCACCUGGACGGAAACUACAUUCAGGAAUUGCCAAAGGAGCUGUGCGCCCUGCCUCUGCUGCGGGUUCUCAGCGUCGCUGACAAUGACCUGGCCAGCCUGCCGCCUGCCAUCGGAGGCCUGGCCGGCCUGCGUCGCAUCGACGCAAGUCGUAAUGAGCUGAGGGACAUCCCAGACAACAUCAGGAGUUGCCGGCAACUGAGUGUGGUGAAUGUGAGCAACAACACACUCUCCAGGCUGCCGGACGGCCUUACGCAGCUGGUGAGCCUGACGGAGCUUUACCUCAGCGACGUGCUCCUGGAGUUCCUGCCGGCUAGCCUGGGGCGGCUGUGCAAGCUGCGCGUGCUGGAGCUGAGGGACAACCACCUCAACUCGCUGCCAAAGGCUAUGCACCGACUGAGCCAGUUAAGACGGCUGGACCUGGGCUGCAAUGACUUCAGUCACGUGCCGCCAGUGCUGCAGCAGCUGACCACCCUACAGGAGCUAUUGAUGGACGGAAACUCUCUGCUCAUCCUCCCCGCGAUGCUCGGGCACUUGGCUGCGCUCAGCUACCUGGACGUGAGCGAGAACCGUCUGUGCACCGUCGCAACGGAGAUCGAGCGCUGCCAGGACCUGCAGGACCUCCUCCUGUCGUCCAAUCAGCUGCCGUGCCUGCCUGCAUCUCUCGGAGGCCUCAAGAAGCUGAAGACACUCAAGGUGGAUGGAAACAAGCUGACAGAACUCCCUGGCACCAUAGGAGGGCUGCUGCUGCUGGAGGAGUUUGACUGCAGCUACAACGAGCUGGUGACGCUACCGCGCACCAUCGGGCACCUGCACCACAUGCACACGCUGCUCGCCGACUUCAACAGCCUCACUCACCUCCCCCCAGAGGUGGGGAGCUGCCGCGCCGUGCGCGUCGUGUCCCUGGCCAGCAACCAGCUGGCCUGGCUGCCCUCGGAGAUGAGUAGCCUCCAGCGGCUGCGCGUGCUCAAUCUCGCGCACAACCGGCUCCGGGCUCUCCCCCUCUCCUUCAUGAGACUGCGUUCCCUCUCCGCCCUCUGGCUCUCCGACAACCAGUCCAAGCCCCUGGUGCCCCUGCAGAAUGACGUGGACUCGGAGACGGGCAUGCGUGUGCUGUCAAACUACAUGCUGCCGCAGCCAGACACGCAGACAUACGAUGACGAGGAGGAGGAGGACGAGGAGGGCGAGGAGCCGGGAAAGGAGGGCACGUUGGAGCGGGCGGUGACGGAUCCGGUGUCCGGCGACGGCACUGAGAGGGGCAGCCACCGCGUGGCGUUCUUGUGCGACUCCAGCGUGGACAGCGUGGACGUUGUGGAAGAGCCAGGGAACAAGGACGGUGCACGCAGCCCUCUAUGCAAGGUUUUAAAGAUGAAAGCAGACGAGGAGGAGGAGAACGAUGAUGAUGGCGAUGAUGAAGAGGACACUUUUCAGGAUGAGGAUGGUUACAGUGAGCAUGAUGAUGAUGAUGAUGAGGCGGAUGAAGAGGAGGAGGAGGAUGAGGAGGAGGAGGAGGAUGACAGCAUGGAAAUGAGGAUGGCCGAGCUGCUGCCCCCCAUCUCGGAUCGGCCGCUGGUGGUGCCAACGUUAAUCAGCCUCGACUCUGCUCUGGAGAGCGGGGUUGAGGAUCCGAGCUUUGGCGGCCAACCUGACACCGGCCACGCCGACGCCAGCACCACGACACUGCCCUGGCUGCUGGGCUACGACUGUCUGCUGCUGCUGGAGCAGCAGGAGGAGGAGGAGGAUGGCGACAACAAUGGCGCCGGUGCCGAUGCGGUGUUGGGCCCGGGUGGGCUCGCAGCCGACGGCUCCUCCCGUGUCCCGGAGACGGGCGACCGGACCAGCGGGGUCACGGUGGAUCAGUCUCCGUGCGUCCUCAACGCGAUCGGUUCCCCGCCCGUCGUCAGCCAGAGCGGUCCGCCCAGCCGUCCCAUGGCUCACAGCCUUCAACCGAGUGGUAUCUGUGACGACAGUCCUCCGAAUUGUAUCCGUGAUGACAGUUCUCUGAGUAGCGUCCACGAUGACAGUCCUCCGAGUGGUAUCCGUGACGACAGUCCUCCGAAUAGUAUCUUUGACGACAGUCCAAGUAGUAUCCUUGACAACAGGCCUCCGAGUGAUAUCUGUGACGACAGUCCUCCGAGCGUUGUCAAAGCGGAAGAUGACUCGGUGAACAUCCUUGGUGAAGAGAUUUUACGGGAGUGUUCGUCGCAAGCGCCAUCCGGCGGUGGUAGCGACAACGACGCUGACAACGACGCUGACAACCACGCUGACAACAACGUCGACAACGACGUCGUCAACGACGCUGACAACGACGCUGGCAACGACGCUGACAACGACGUCGACAACGACGUCGUCAACGACGCUGACAACGACGUCGACAACGACGUCGACAACGACAACGACGCCGACAACGACGUCGACAAUGACGUCGACAACGACGAGGUCGCAGCGGCGACUUCCCCGGAUCGUCCACCUGAGCCGGAGGGCGCCGCUCGUGCUGGCGUGUUGCGCGGUGUCGCGAAGGCCGAGGUGCUGCAUGCGGGGGGGGCGGCCGUGGCGGCGUUGGUGGUGGUGGUGGUGCACUCGGAGCCCCCGCGCGCCGUACGCGUGGAGCCCUGGCAGGUGAGGGUCAUCAAGCGCAACACGGACGGACGGCGAGGAGACACGGAUAAAGAACAAGAAGACGAACGCCAAGAGAACAUCGUAGAGCAGCAAGGUGCGGGGGACAGGCGAACGCCGACACACGCAGGCUCGGGGGUAACCUUGCCCGGCCCGCAAGAAUCGCCGACGGCACGCGAGGAGCGGCCGUCCUCACUGCGGGGCCCCUCGACGCCGUCCCCCCCGUUGCGCCGCGCGCCGGUUACCGCGGAGCGCGCCGAGAUUCCGACUCCCGUGGCCGGCGAUGGGGCGGCCUCUCCAGCGGAGCGCGGCGCGGCGUCCGUCCUGGAGCCGUACGCGACGUCGACGCCGGCACGACGCCCUGGGACGGCGUUCGCCCCGGGUGGCCGGGAGAUCGCGAUGCGGAGGGACGCGACGACGCCGCCGCCGCCGCUGCCCCCCAAGAGGAGGAACGCGCAGCAAGACGGUCCGGUGGCACCGCGCGGUGCGGCGCACGGCCAGCCGCACCGUCUAUGCUGCGAGCACCGGGAACAUCCCCAGGACCGCCACCGGGAAGAUCCCCAGGACCGCGUGCCCCCGCUCGCACGGCCGGGUCCGCCCACGUGGCACGCCGACCGCCGCCUACACAAAGCCGAUCCCGCUUGUCUGGCUCGCACAGACUGCGGCCUUGCGACGCGGCACCCAUUGAAUGUGGACGCCGCAGGAGCUGCGGCAGCGCACGCGCAGAUCGCACCGCAGUGCGGCUCGCAGGAAGCUCACCGUCACGAUCGCCCUGACCGCCACCACGAUCGCUACGAUCGAGGCGACCGGCAACGCGUCGUCCACCACCACCCCCCGCGCGGCCCGCCGGCGGGCCGGGUGCGCGCCUCCCGCGACGACCCCUGUGCCGGCGUCGGCGUGCCACCGGCGGCCGUGGCGCACCGCCACCGGCUGCUGCACACCGCCGAGCGCAUGCAGCUCGCCGCGUCGCGUGCCAAUUACUGCGACACGGUGAUCGCGGGCGCUUGCCACGGCCGCCACAGCCCGGACGGCGCGCGGGCAAACUACGCCGUCCCUCGGCCGCCCGCGGAGCCUUCGGCCCCUUGGCGCGCCGCCCCGGCCGCCGCCGCCGCCCCCCCAGCUUGCCCGUCCCACCGGCCCUACGGGCCGCCGACCCCGCCGUGGGCGAGCCCACACCUCCACCGCCGCGAAGAGAUGAGGCCUGAGCCUGUGGCGGAGCAGCCCCCCGACUCUGUGCCCCCCUCCCCGGCCCCCCUUCCCUCGCUCGCGCCUGCGCCUGGGUGUGGCGGGCGGCCCGUUAACCCCGCGGAGAGCGAGAGCCGGCCCGCCAACAUUUCGCCACCCUGGCCUCGCCAUGACUGGCAUAGGCCGGACGCUCGCCAGUGCCCUCCGCACGCACAGCCACAGCCGCAGCAACAGCCGCAGGAACAGGCGCAGCCACCGGGCCGGGAGGCAGCGAGGGCCAUGCCGCGGCAGCCGUCCCGCGAACAGCUGAUCGACUUCAUCCUGCAGCGCAUCACACAGCCGCCCCCGCCGGCCCCGCCGCCACUAUCGCAGCCCCAGUCACACACAGCACUGGAGCUGGGGCAGACCAGCCACGCGCAGGAGCUGUGUGUGGUGCUGGUGAAGCGACCCGGCCUGGGAUUCAGCAUCGUGGGUGAUGCGGGGACCCAAACUCGUUCACAAACGGGUAUCUUCGUGCACAGAGUGCAGCCUGGCGGACCAGCGGAAGAGGUGCUCAAGCCUGGAGAUGAAAUCCUUCAGGCCAAUGGCAUCCCCCUGCAGGGGUUUACUCAGGCCGAGGCGGUGGCUCUCCUCAAGGCUCUCCCCAGCAGCGUGCAGCUGUUCGUGACUCGCCACGUGGCCUGACGCAGCGUGGACCCACGUGGUGCCCCUCCCUGACGCCCCGCUCCGGCCUCUCCUCCCCGCUCCGGCCUCUCCUCCCCGCUCCGGCCUCUACUCCCCGCUCCGGCCUCUCCUCCCCGCUCCGGCCUCUCCUCCCCGCUCCGGCCUCUCCUCCCCGCUCCGGCUUCUCCUCCCCGCUCCGGCCCGCUCCAUCGUGUGGGACGUUCUCGCCUCGUCUCCGCCGUCUCGUUUUCCAUCCACCUCUCGUCCUCCGUACUCUCUCCACUGGCCUCCAUUCCAUUGUUAUCCGCAUGCGUCUCUCAUCGGACAUCCCAAGUCGUCCGUUUCGUCUGUUACCAGAGUUGUAAUUUCCAUCCCUUACCGCGUUUGCAAAUCCUCACCCUCAUACGGUCAAAUUCUUCGCCGCUCGUUCGUUCAUGUAUAGCAUCUGUAAGGUGUGACGUCCUCGCGUGUUCUUCCGUUGGGGACUUGGGUCUGUGCCUGAACUCAUCGCUCGCGACAGACGAGAAGAUAUCAACUUGGCACGCCGUCGUCACGCUGGCAAUCGUCCCGUCAUGAGAAGCCGUCCAACGGACAGACUUUUUCCCCAGCGCUCGUGAUGCUCGACCGCAUCAGCGAGCCGUGCGUACGGCUGUCUCUCUCGUACGGCAAUUGAAGAGCAGCUGACCAAAUGUCGUAGCCGUGUGCUGAGCUUGGUAAUCCAUCCGAUGGCAUCGGCAGCCGGUUGAUCGGUGGCGACGGUGCCCCCCCCGUGUGAGCGGUGCAGUGCGUGGUGACGCGAUGGACGGAUCGCGCUUGCCACGCUCGCGACCGGAGGCGACUCCUCUCGAUUUUGCGAUGGGUGGGAGAUGAGACCGCACCUGCAAUGCGGUGUUCGUGAUUUCUACUCGGGCCGAAGCCUGAUGGUUCCCGUGCGUGUGUGUAUAUGUCACGCAUGCAUGUGUGUAUUUCGUGCGUGCGAAAAUGCCGUGCGUGCAGCGUGCGCUGUGCGCUGCUCAGAGUCGACGCAGCUGUUUGCACUUGAGCGGUGAGCGUCAAAGGUUUGUGCCUCCGUUUUGUAAAAAAAAAACUAAAAAGUGGUAAAAUAUUUUUGUACUAUUUUGUAAACAUUCAAUGAAGUUCAAUGAGACGAUUGUUA